AUGAACGGUGCACCUCACAUUGGAGUUACCACGGCUCAGGUCAUACAAUGGCGUGAUGAAGCACAGGAGACAUUAAGAAAGGCUCAGAAGUUGUGCACUGCCGCCCAAUCGUCGUUGCAAAAGACGCUACAAGAUUUGACUGUUCAACUUCCGGAUGAAUUAGAGUCUGUUGAGCAUUUGUUCGAGUCUUAUCAAAACCAAUAUGAACUAAUUGACAAGCAAAUCAAAAGUUUAAAACAAACGUUGACCGAAUAUGUUGAUAAAGUGUUUACUGACAUGGAGGGUGUAUUGAAUCCGAGUUUAAAGCAAUUGGACGUUAUAACCACUAGAUUAAGGAACACUAACGUGCCACCGUUCGUGUUAACUUCUGAGGAAGCAACUCCAAAAACAUUACUUGAUUUCAUUGCUACAGAAUCAAUCGAUCUUAUCAGAGAAAACAUUUACAUUUACAGAACAAAUAGUGCCAAGAUUAAACAAUUGCUACUGGAUGAAUUUCAGAUAAGCAUCUUGAACUUACAUCAACAUUUUACAAUGCAACAUAACAUCAUUGACAGGGAGUUUGAUCGCUUAGGGCCAAUUCAAAUCGAAUUUAGAACUGCUCAUGGAAACAUACUCGAAUCGAAGGGUGUUUUAGGAACCACUCUUAAGGAAAAUCAAGCUUUAGAGAAUGAGUUGGUUUCGCUUUUGCAAAUGUUGACCAAUCAUUUUGAUCAGUGUAAUAAAGCUGUGGAGUUACUUUCUUCACCAAGCAGCAAUGUAAAGGUUAAUAUAAAAGUUUUAGCAAACGACGCUAACGAAUUGAGUGAGGUUUAUAAAGAGCUUAUGUCGAUUUAUGAAAUUGUAUUGACAAAUGAAACGAAGUCAAACAAAACAUUUCAACAGUAUAGCUCCUAUGUUAACAAAUCACGGGAACUCAUAGGUUUAGAAAUGACGAAAGUGAGGGACUUUAAAGUUACUACACUACCCAAGUUCAUAUUGCUACUACACGAGUCAAUUAAUAUUUUACAAACUUGUUCUAUAACAGAUGUAACGCUUGAAGAACUAUCACCCUGCGAAAUUUACUCCGAGACAAUAAAGCAGUUGAUAUACCACUACUCACAAUUUAUCGAGAUCUAUGAAACCAAGUAUCUUCAAGAAUUACACCACGAAGAAUUUGUGUAUCCAAGGAAAUUUCUAAAAAGAAUUGGUGAUUUUUUGAAUGAGGAAUUGUACCGCAUGCAACUUGAAGAGUCAAAUCACAGAAAAGCUUGGCUUGCGAAAUAUGGAGAGUUUAUUCCUAGGGAGUUCAAGUUGCCGGGCGAAGAUGAGAUGCCGACCGUUAUGCAGGUCAUAACGGAAGGCUUGGAACAUAUACAAAAAGAAGAUGGGGUUGAGAAGUUUAAUGAUGGCGAAGAGAAGAAUUUGCUAGAUUUGAUUAGAUCAUUUAGGUAA